AUGGGGGCCUCUGAGGAAGACCGCCCAUGGACACCGCGCCGCGCGCGCAGCGCUCCGCUCCCCACUGCCCUGCGCCGCUCGCCGCCCGGGCCCCCGCCGGGCCCCGACACGGACGACGUGCGACAGCAGAUCAUGGCUAUCAUCGACCAGAGCUUGGAUGAGGUGCAGGCCAGAAAGCAUGCUCUGAAUUACCAUCAGAUGAAGCCUACUCUCUUCAGUGUGCUCUGUGAAAUCAAGGAAAAGACAAUGUUAAGCAUUUGUGGCGUUCAGGAGGAGGGUCCCCCCAACACUAAGCUCAUGAGACUGGAUAACCUGCUGCUGGUCGAGGGCAUGUCCAGGCCAGAGAAGUGAGGAACAGGAGGACCAGAGGCAGCGUCCAGCACAGCAACACCAGGUGGCUGUCCAAUACAAAGCCUUGAGCACUCUGACUACAGGGCCAAGCUGUCCCAGAUCUGACAGAUUUACCACUCUGAGCUAGAGAAAUAUAAACAAGCCUGCUAUGAGUUCACCACACACACCAACCUUCUCUGGGAGCAGAGCAGGAUGAUGCCUGUCUCGCCCAAGGAAAUCAAGCACAUGGUCAGUGUCAUCCACAGCAAGUUCAAUGCCAUCCAGAGGCAGCUGAAGCAGAGCACCUGUGAGGCCGUGAUGACCCUGCGCUCGUGGUUUCUCCUGACGUGCCAGCGAAAAUGGUGGAAUCUCGGCAAGCAGGCCACGCAAGUGCUAAAUGAGUAUUUUUAUUCCCAUUUGAACAACCCUUACCCCAGCAAAGAAACCAAAGAAGAGCUGGCUAGGAAAGGUGGCAUCAUGCGUUCGCAGGCCUCCAACUGAUUCGGCAACAAAAAAAUCUGGUAUAAAAAGAACAAGAGGAAGUUUCAAGAAGAGACUUCCAUUUACACUGCUAAAACGGCAGUGGACCCCACCAAAGUCGGGGGCGCAGGGAGCCAGGCAGCUCUGGUGUCGCCACCCACAUCGGGUUCCUCUGGUCCCUUCCUACUGACCAGCACUAGGGACGUGCUUAUCACCCUGCAGAUAUUGGCCUCUCUCCGGCCUGCCCCUGGGGGAGACGCCCUGCAGUCCCAGGCCCCGGGCAGCUGGCAGGGGGCCACCCCCCCCCAGUGUCAACUCAGACGCAUCGUGGCUUGCCAGCACUCGCGUUUUUACUGUGCAUGCAGCUGA